CGGUUGCGUCAAGCCUGUCGCGGCCUAACUUGCGAUGGGGGAUAUCCACGUUAAACCCGGGACGCUUCCAAUAAUCAACAUAGGCCCCUACCUACACACGGACGACCACCCUGGCCGCCUUUCCGUCGCUGCGCAGCUGCACUCUGCAUGUCUCGAAUUUGGAUUUUUCUACCUUGACCUUGGCUCCUUCAUCGAACCCGGUGAGCCUGAGGAGCUGCAAAAGCUUGCCAGGGAGUUUUUUGCGAAGCCUCAGGAGGAGAAGGACAAGAUAGGGUUAGCUCACCAGGAUGGAGCGAGAGGCUAUCAACGGCUGAAGGAGAAUGUGACGAACGGGAAGGCAGACAACCAUGAAGGCAUCGAUUUCUACCGACCUGUGGACAAUCCUGACAAGUCCCGUCCGUUAUGGGGAGAAAACCAGUGGCCAGAAGAUCCUCCCCAGUUUCGCGAGAAGUUCGAAGCCUGGACAGAAAAGAUGAAGAAGUUGGGCGUGGUGGUUAUGGAAGCAAUGGCAGUGGGCCUUGGCAUGACCCACGAAGAAUGGGAGCAGCUCAAGUCACAAGUCGACGAGUCGUUCUGGGUGAUGCGCGUCAUCGGAUAUCCCCCUCUUCCGAAUAACUAUGACGGUUUCUCCUGCGGUGCUCAUAAGGACUACGGAUGCCUAACCUUCUUGUAUCAAGACGACACCAAGUCUGCGCUGCAGGUUUGGUUAGAGAACUCGGAGGUUGUAGAGACCGAUGCGGAAGGGAAUAUAUCCGGACUACCGAGCGAAGAGCUAGCGGAAGGUGUUUGGAUUGACGCAGAUCCUAUACCAGGCUGCGUUGUGUGCAACAUCGGCGAGAUGUGGGAGGUCUGGACGAAUGGAUUGUACAAGAGCACAUUGCAUCGCGUAGUACAUAGGGGAGCUAACUACCGAGUCUCUAUUCCGUUCUUCUUCGAGCCCAAUUUCAACGCCGAAGUGAAGCCGCUCGCCGCCGCCCUGCGUAUUCAGAGCGCGGAUGACGACGCUCACGCGGAGCAGAAAAAGUAUGAACCGGUGGUGUAUGGUGACUUCCUCUUGAAGAAGGUCGGAAAUAACUUCGCAACCGGCAAGGGCAAGUACGAUUAGGCGGGGCAAGGGACAACACGUAUAGUACUCACGAACAGAGGAAAAGGGAAGGAAUAGAAGCUGGUAUAUAUAUCUGAUGUAUCGCGGGACUCUUAUGAACGAACCCUGGAGCAACACUGAAGCUGUACGUUUAUUGAAAAUGUAUAACAUGAUCUGAUGUUGGGAACAAGAACUUUUCUGCACGAUUGUAGGCCAGUGUACAGCAGUCGAACCAACACAGGAAUCAAUGGUCGUAACAAAACUGGUUUGAACAUUGGUAUCCAGAUUGUGACUACGCGGACAUACUUGUUCGCGGUCCAGCUCUGGGGUAUAGGAAGAUAGUGAGAAGGAUGUGGGCCGGUGCUUAUGAGUUCUGAGAGUAAAUGGUUCUCCCAGCUCGUUCGCCUCCGAAGUGCGCUCGUCCCCGCUCGUCUUGUACAGGAGGGGUACCCGAUGUACGAUUCUCCCGGCGCGCCUGCCUUGGGCUGUGUGACGAGCUCGCGUGUGCAUGGUGCCUCUCCUGCGAACCGCGCUCCCUCCGCCGCUCGUCCGCAUGCAUCGGGUGCAGGUGAGACCGUUGCGCGUUCGCGUGCUGCCAAGGCUCCUCCUGCACAAAGUGCGCCGCGAUGUAGUGCGGCCCGCCGCUCGUCCAGCGAUGGUCGGCCUCGCCCGGGACCGGCGGCGACUGGAGCGGGUGGGGGUGCGCGCCGACCGCCAUCGGGGCGAGGGGCAGUUGCAGCGGGGGACCGUCCCAGGGCGCGUGCUGACGCCCGUUCGCGUAUGCGUGCCCGUGCGAAUGCGAAUGCGGAGGGGACAGGGAGGAAGGCCCUCCGUUGGCGUACGGCGCGCCCUCCGGCGAGGUCUGCCGCGUCCGACUGCGGCGCGGGCGCGAGACGCGCGUGGGUCCGUCGACGGACGAGCUGGCGGUCGAGUCGGCGCCGGCACCGCCGUAGCGGCCUUUGGUGUCGCGCGUGCGCGGCUUUUUGUAGGUCGGGUCCCCGUUCGACUUGUUGCUCCUGGUGCGGGACAUGCCCUUUGUUUUAAUGUUUGGCUGAUGCUGGGAGACGCCGGACGCGAUGGAGCCGACUACGGGCGUGGACAUGACCACUGGCUCCAAGGGGCCUUCUUUCAUCUUCUCCGCUCGGCGCUCAAGAGCAUCGACGAUACUUAUGGG